UGUCGUGCUGGUGUGUGUGUGUAUCUGUGUGAAAGAGAGAGAGUGAGAGAGAGAGAGAGAGCGCGCACUCCAGGUUGGCGCAGGCACCGGUCCGGGAGAACGGAGCGUUGUGCACGGUAGCAGCAUGGCUUCGUCUCACGGGAGAAACGACAUGCGGUUUGCAGACUGGAUGGCAAGUUUACCGCAGAGCAUGCACACUAUUCCGCUCACCAACCUGGCUAUUCCCGGUUCCCAUGAUUCCUUCAGUUUCUACAUCGACGAGACGUCUCCAGUGGGCCCCGAGCAGCCGGAGACGGUGCAGAACUUUGUUUCUGUUUUUGGUACGGUGGCCAAGAAACUAAUGAGGAAGUGGUUAGCUACACAGACUAUGAACUUCACCUGCCAAAUGGAGGCUGGGAUCCGCUUCUUUGACCUGCGCAUUUCCACCAAGCCCCGUGACCCCGACAAUGAGUUGUUCUUCGCCCACGGGCUCUUCAGUGCCACGGUUAGAGAAGGUUUAGAGCAGAUCAGCACUUUCCUGUCAUCUCAUGCCAGAGAGGUGGUGUUCCUGGACUUCAACCAUUUCUAUGGCGUGCAGAACAUGCACCAUGAAAAACUGGUGGCCAUGUUAAAAGAGGUGUUUGGAGACAAACUCUGCCCAGUCGUCUUCGCUCAGGAGGUGUCUCUGCAGUAUCUGUGGGAGAAGGAGUACCAGGUGCUUGUCUUCUACCACCACCCCAUGGCCCUGGAGGUGCCCUUCCUGUGGCCAGGGCAGAUGAUGCCCUCUCCUUGGGCCAACACCACUGACCCAGAGAAGCUGGUUCAGUUUCUCCAGGCGUCUGUCACUGACCGCAGGAGGAAGGGGACCUUCUUUGUGUCCCAGGUGGUUCUGACACCGAAGGCCAGCACUGUGAUGAAGGGCGUGGCUAGCGGACUGAGAGAGACAAUCACAGAAAGGGCCUUACCAGGCAUGAUGCAGUGGAUCAGGUCGCAGAGACCCGGGGAGAGCGGCAUCAACAUUAUCACAGCUGACUUUGUGGAGCUCGGAGAAUUCAUCAGCGCCGUCAUCACCCUCAACUAUCACCUGGACGAUGAUGAAGAUGACGCCACCUGAGAGCCCACAGUGGGUGUCAGGGAGCACAGUCACCACCACUACUGCUAGAGGCUUGGUCUGUGCUCUCACGCUUUUCUCUUUGGCAUUUAUUUCAGGAGGGGAGUUGCACUGCUCCUUUCACUUUAUUUAGGGCUAUAGUGAAUUGAGAGCUCAAUUGGCAAAAGGGUGUUGAGGUGAGAGAAGUUGGGAUUGGGAGAAACAGCACUGGUGUUUGGUUGGAGCACGAAGAGAAGGAGGUUUUGUUUUGUUUCCUAUAUUCGGGAUCAAAAAUAGUUUUUUCAAGUGAGAUGUUUGUUUUCUUUACUUUCUGUGCUGUGAAAAAUGGCAACUUUUUCCACUGAUCAAAUGCUUUCAGGCUCCAGAGGUAGAUUCCUCACAGCAUAUCAACUUUCUGCUAAAUGUAUUGAUACAUUACUUUUGGUAUUCUAGUGACAGUCUUUUCAGAGAUUGUUUUAAAAUAAGUAUGUGUAACUUAAAUCACUCAAAUUGUAGGCUGGUUUAAGUAGCAUGCCGUUGUUUUUCCAAAUCUGUCCAAGAGAUGGUUUUUUAUUUACAAUAUGCAUCCCCGGUCAGAUCACUUAAAAAGUGUUAUGACAAUGUGUUUAAUCAAUAUAUAGAGAAGAACUCUACCAUUGUCCAUGUUUUCUCAGCAGUUAUCUCACGAUGGGCAUUUUCCAAGUAAUCGUCUCCUCUGAAGUCCACUUGCAGUGUAGACAUUAAUCAGACAUCUAAGUCGUAAGCCGAUAAGUCAUUGAUUCACUCAUUUAAAACAUAGAAAUAGUGGGAAAAAGUGCAGUUUGGCUAGCCAAGAAACAUUUACCAAUCACGCCAUGUGUACUUUAUCUUUGCUGCAUCGAAACAAAACAAUAUUGUAACAAUGUCAGUGUGUUGCAAUAAAAAGCAUCAGCUGUUGUUGCAAAGCACCUUACAAAAAACAAUUUCUUUAAGAUUAAAAUCAAUGCUAUUAGUCAGUUCUUAUGGUUAGGAAUCCAACGUGACACAUUUAUUUAAUUUUAAGGUGGGGGCUGAGUCGUGAUAGCCGAGGAUAAAAAUACAGUACAUCUGGGUACGAGAGCGUAUCCACUUGUCUGUGUGUGUGCCUAUACUGCUAUAGUGCAGUAUAUAUAUGAGUCAUCAUGACAUGUCUCACAGUGUUGUGUCUUUCAUAAUAAGUGAUAAAGUUGCUGAACUCUGACUCAGAGACACAUUUUAUUUCAAGUCAGAAAAGUCUAAACACUAUAAAUCGGAGUCAGGAGGUCUUGAUGUCAUGACAGUGCUUUGACACUUGGAAAAUAAUACAAUAAAUGUUUAGUUUAAUAUCUAGCUGUAACUCUUCGGUGUCUACCUUAUUAGGUGUUUCAUGUUUCUGAAUGUUACUAAAUCCUUAGAUUUCUGCUAUAUCAUUUAGCACACUCAUUUAUUUUUAAUGGGUUUUAUUCUAUACCCUGCAGUAUUUCAUUUAAGACAGAAAAGUACUUUGAAAUGGCACCCAAAAAGAUAAUAAGAAUAUUUUUAUUGCAAGGUUUUACACAUUAUGCAUGAAAGCAAUCAAGUCAAGUCAAACAUCCACACAGCUUAUGAUCAGUGUGGCAUUUUCUGCUGAGAAUGUAUUCUGUAAGGACACUGUUGUUUAGUUUGGUAAUGUACAACCAAAACAAGAAACUCAACUCUUUGGAUUUGUGAAUGUAUGCGUCUUGUGAGUAACUGUGCCAUUUCUAAAAAGUAUCAUGUGAUCGGAUGACUGAGUAUCAGCUAGAAAGUCCUUUUUGUAUUGUAUGCUUCAAUGUGGAGCUGAGUUCAAGUUUUAGAGUUUAAACAGUACUUAUUUCUCUUCAGUGUGGUUUCAUGUUAAAAUGUUUUAUAUCGUAGAAACUAAGUUUGUACAUACUGUAAUUGCAAAUAGUAUCCUGCCGUUGAAUUGUAAAUUAUUUAUACUAUUGCAAAGUCAUUGCUAAUAAUUUCUUAACUUAUACCUUAACUGAGCUAUCAUACUGCUUCUUGUUUUUCACAUUUUCCGUUUUGUGCAUGAACCAAACAGUUCUACAUCUACCUUUUGUUGUUUACCAACAGGGUCCAUUAGGUUUGUGCAUCUCCUCAGUUAUUUUCAGCUGCAAAUGUUUUUACCCUAUAAAACACAGACAAUUAAUUUCUAAAUGUUGCACUGCUACUACCCCAUACAGAUUAAGAAUGAAGCCACACAAAUGAGCAGACUUUAAAAGGCUUGUAAAUUGUGUUGUACAGACAUUUGUGUCCUCCCUGGUCCAAACUGUUGUCAUUGCCUUUAUGUUCUCGUGUGAAAAGAGUCCUUUGCUGUUGUAAAAUUCAAAAGCUUUUGUCAAAAGUGACUCUGUUCUAAGUGGAAACGGCAAAUCAAAUCAAAUAAAGCUUCUAUGCCUAAUAAGUGA